UGGUGUUACUCCAUCCUACCAAGGCGCCGAAGAAGCUACUCCUGUAGAGAUACCGGUGUACGACACCUCUGCCAUGGCUCCACCUCCACUGAUCACCACUCUCUGUUUAUGCGAGAUCUGGAAGAGAAGCAAGUCGAUUCCAUCCUAGUCGACGCCGUCUGUGGUGUGGCUGCGAGGUUCUCGACAGAUCCCAUGUUCACCGGCAAGCCCACCCAAGCGGACGAUACCACCAGGCCAGAUCAUUCACCAUCAGACCACGGCGCCGCCUUUUCCCAACGAGCAAAGUCUGCCAUUGCAGAUACCUUUGCUUGCCCUAGUGUGGCUGUUGUCCAAGCUGCUUUGCUUCUUGCGUAUGAUGAAUUCGGUGCAAGCCGGGAUAGCGGAUUGUGGAUGUACCUCGGCAUCGCCAUCCGCAUGGCCCAAGACUUGGGUAUGCAAACAUUAGAGGGACUAAGGUACGAAGGCCGUACUGGGCCCAAUCCGCAGAGCAUCAAGCUUGCAGGCUCAAAAGAUGGUCAGCACUCUCCGCGUCGAAGCACAAGCCCGGCUGCACUCUCGGGAGACAACGCGGCAGAACAAAAGGCUGUAGAACGAGAACGCAUCGACACGUUCUGGACAGUCUUUUUUCUCGAUCGUGUAAUCUCUUCUGGAACAGGUCGGCCUGUCACGCUUCGUGAUCGCGACAUUGAGAUAUCGUUUCCGCCCUUGGACGAAGACGACGUUACCACUGGAUGGCCUGCACCUUUCCCGGCCCUCAUCAGAGUCAUUCAUCUGUAUGGACGUGUGACGGAUCUUCUCAACAGCAUCCGAGAUGUUUCUCAUGUCACUCCGGACGUUUUGAAGAAGUUGAAGUCAAUGGAGGUUCAGUUGACGGAGAUCUACCAAGGGCUAUCAUCGAAGCUUCACUUUAACGCCAUCAACUUCCAGCAUUACGUCAAGGCAGGCCAAGGGACGAAUUUCAUUCUAUUGCAUUUAUGGUUUCACACUCUGAUCGUACUACUCCACCAGCCCACCCUUUUGAAGACGUUCGAGGGUGAAAUUGAGCAAGUGCUGCCGAACAGCCGCGAGCUCUCCAUGUCGUCAGCAAAGACGAUUGCCGACAUCCUAGCAUUCGCUGAAUUGAUUGAUUCCAAGACUGGAAUGGGCAGCCCCUUUUCGAGUCAACCAAUCUACAUUGCAGCCUGCGCCUUUCUGAAAGAGAUCUCUCUCCUCACCGUCUCUUCCAACCCGCAGUCGAGGCUUGGUACACCGCCACCCAUCAUGUCUUCCGAUAGCUCGUUAACAUCUCCCUCUACCCUGCAAGAGUCGCCAUCGACAGGUGUGAGGUUUGCGAAAGGAGAAACGAAAGACGGCAGCAUCGCAGUGGAUCAGAAAAAGGCUGCAAAGGACACUCUACUUGCGACAGCUGCAAACCAAAACUACCAUCGUUGUUAUCGCGGCCUGAAGUAUCUAGAGUACUACUGGUCUGGAUGCAAAUACAUAUUGACAGUCUUGGAUCAGAAGGCCAAGGGCGUAGGCGACCCGCUACUGUACGACCGAGAGGAGAUGGAGAGCGCACUUGAAGUGCCUCAGCCCGAAGCUGCUUUUACAUCACCUGGUUGGAGGCGGAAGCUAUCAUGGGGAACAUAUCUGACGGCACAAGUGUCUGCGAAGAUGGAAUCAAGCCAAGCAAUUGGCUGGUCAUUGACUGGCACGAUGAAUUCUCCUUGCACAAGUCUGGCCGUGUUGUAUUCUAGCGACAAUCAUCCAUCAGUCGGCCGCCCCCCUACGGAGAAGGACCACAACCCGCCAGUUGCAUCAGAUCCACGGUUCAGGAGUAUAGCCAGCCCAUCACCAAACACCCUCUCAGUCUCUUCGCCACACCUUCCGAGCCGUCCUCCCCGAAACUUUACCAGUCCUACCGCACUACCAGAAAUGCCCCCGCCGAAUACCUCCACCGCCUUCCAACCACCACCACCCCCAAUCCCAAAUGAACGACCCUCCAUGAUGUCGGAUGCCGAUCUCCUCUUGAACCUGCAUUCGCCAUACUCGACCGCCUCGCCUCAGCUGAGCAAUCCCGGCAUGCCUUAUAUGCCGACCUCGCAGCUGCCUCGAGGCCCAACCUCGGGCGACUUUGCCUCUCCGCAGCCUGGGACAGACCAGUAUUCCACCAACGGUCUCCACUACCAGUCCUUCAACUACGGCGACAUGAUGAUUGAGAGUCAGGACAUUGAUAUCAGCGCGCUCAACGACGACGCCAUGUCGUGGUUCGAGUACCUCCCGCCCGAGCUGAUGGGCAUGUACGAGAACAACGGGGGCAUGCCGCCUCCCUUUCCGCAUUCCGGACACGGGCCCGACACGCCUGGAUCCGGGCGUUGAGGCGGCGUGCAUCGUCUCAGUUCCACAUGGCACAUUCAUACAACCUCCUUCCUCUUCAUCAUAAUCAUACACAAGACAGCUGUUCUCCCCCGCGUCUCCCCAGACUGAUAU